CCAGAGACCACUGAAAAUGAAUCCUAUGAAGGCUGCUGCUCUUUCUCUUUGUGUUUCCUUCCUCUUUGCGAAUGGUCUUUACGCAGCGGUCCUGGGGUCACUGAAGUACCCUUUCGCCGCGGAUGACCACGAGCUUGUUUCGCAUCUGGAUGUGCAGAAUCGAGGACAACCGAGUGCGAUCCCCAGGAGUGAAAGUCCGCGGAAUGGUACUGCAGUCUACAUACCGUCGUAUAUGAUAUCACUGUACAGGACUCUGUCUCAGCUGGAGAGGAGAGCUAAUAACAGCGUCUCCCGUUCAACAAGGCACGCUAACACUGUCACCAGCUUCAUGGACAUAGGAAAAGACUACCCUACUCUGACGGAGAGCAGGCAGCGCUACGUGUUCGACCUGUCGACUCUUCCCAGGAUGGACGAGCUGGUGGAGGCCGAGCUGCGUGUGCUGAGGAAGACACCGCCCCACCUGCUGCAGCUGCUGUCCGGGGGCGGUAACCUCUACCGGGUCCUGCUCCACCUCUGCUCCCCUGACCACCCGGAACAACAACAACAACAACAACACCGACGACCGAUAAGCUCGCAGACCAUCGACGUCCUAGAUUCCGGCACCGGCGCUGCUCAGUGGGACGUCUUCGACAUCAGUGGCAGCCUGAAGAUGCUGCGGAAGCUUCGGCGUGCCACGGGAGCAGGAGGAGGAGGAGCAGGAGGAGGAGUUCGCGUCGGCGCGUUGAACCCGCUGUGCUUCGACAUGACGGUGGUGUCGGACGCGACUGGUGCGCCGGCCGCGCCCUCUGCCCUGGGGUACGGACGGCAGGCGUGGGUGGAACCCCAGGAGAGGACCCUCUUGGUGGCUUUCACACGCACCCGCCGCAAGGAGAACCUGUUCCGGGAGAUCCGGCAGAAGAUGCGCGGGUCCGGGACGGCCCCAGCAGCGGCGUCCGGCGGCGGCUCCUCUAGCCUGCUGACCGAGCCGCCCUUUGACCCCGGCAUGGAGGGCCGGCGGCCUCGGAGGCGCAGACGCCGCAGGACUGCGCUCACUGGACGGCCGGGCGGGACUGCUGGGGGCGGAGGAGGAGGAGGUGGCGUGGGCGGUGGAGGUGGAGGUGGCAGUGGCGGCAGCGGGGGCCGCCGACGCACCCGCUGCAGCCGCAAGCCGCUGCACGUCAACUUCAAGCAGCUGGGCUGGGACGACUGGAUCAUCGCCCCGCUGGACUACGAGGCCUACCACUGCGAGGGCGUGUGCGACUUCCCGCUGCGCUCGCACCUGGAGCCCACCAACCACGCCAUCAUCCAGACGCUCAUGAACUCCAUGGACCCCGAGGCCACGCCGCCCAGCUGCUGCGUGCCCUCCAAGCUCAGCCCCAUCAGCAUCCUCUACAUCGACUCGGGGAACAACGUGGUGUACAAGCAGUACGAGGACAUGGUGGUGGAGAGCUGCGGCUGCAGGUAGCCCUCAGGGACCUGGGGGGCUGAGGCGCAGCGGGCAGGGCAGGCCAGGCCAGGCCAGGGGUGCAUUUCUCAAAAGAGAAGUUGUUAGCCUGUUAGCAACUUUGGUAGUUGCCAAUGGGAAAAUGCAUUGAAAACGACAAAAUAGCUAAUGUAGUUAGCAACUUUGGUUUCGAGAAAUGCACCCCAGGCUAGGCAAGGCAAGGCAAAGCCAGUCAAGCCCUGCUCUAAGACUUUACCCAGCCCCUGUCUUUGUUGUGUGCUCCACUCCUCUGUCUAAACCCCCCCGCCCCCUCCGACUGUGUUGUUCUUCUUCAUACACUUUUGACACACGGCAUGCCUAUGCUGUGGGGAAAGAAGAAUGGCAUUUGUGUGUGUGUGUGUGUGUGUGUGUGUGUGUGUGUGUGUGUGUGUGUGUGUGUGUGUGUGUGUGUGUGUGUGUGUGUGUGUCUAUGCU